AUGCUUGCAGCCCUGAACCAUCUUGCCUGCAGGAAGUUACUGGCCCUGCUCUCGCUCCUGUCGCUCGUCUCAACCUUCCUUGCUCCCCUCCUCGUUCACAAGCUCCUUCCCUUCACGCUGGGAUCUCGGGUCUUGUUGUCGGACUCGCUACAACCCUUGUACACGGGCGAGUUGACUCUCUCCAACUUGUCAUGCUUUCUGUUCUACACGUGCUGGUUACGUGUAACGUCACUUGCUGUCAAUCCCAGACAUAAGAUCAGGCUUGAGACAGCUGCGAAUUGGAUCUCGCCAGUUGUCAUCAUGAACGCUUUUUUCCCUCUCAUCUUCCAGAUCUUUCUCAUCGUCAUCAGAAACAACAACAUCGUCGACAUCUCCGUCAUCAUCAACAACACCAGCAGCACUCUCAACAUCGGCUUCAUCAACAUGGCCAAAAAUGCAUGA